GGGUACUUGGCGGAGGAUCUCGUUCCCCGAUCCCGUGACACCUGAGCACAUAUUAUUUUUCCGCUGAAUUCCUCCCCGGCACGCAUCAUGAAAUUUGUAUAAAGGUGAGGCGUACACAAAAGAAGCUGUGUGCGCACCCGAUUGGCUGUGUCCGAGCGUCUGAGUUUCCCCUUACCUGUGUGAUCGCGCCUACCUGGGUUCGUGCCUGUCGUCCCGCCAUCUUGCUUCCUCUUCCUCCCCUGGCGCCACGCACUAAGUCCGCCUCCAGUCAACCUGCCCCGCGCCUCCUUCCUUAGCAUGGACGGUUUGUCUGGAGACAUAACGACUGGAACGAAGAGAGGUUCAGACGAGCUACUUUCUCCCCAGUCUCACCCUGAGUUGAAUGGUAUGGACGGAAACCCUGGUCUCCCUGUAAACCCCAAUGCCUCCGUGGGAACUGGACCCAAUGGAAAUCAUGACUACGAAUACGAUGCACAAGGGGAAAAUGGUGCAAAAAAGGUGAAGCUGGAUAACAAGAGCAGCGGCCAGAACGCCCCCUCGAAGGUUAUCCACGUCAGGAACGUUGCGCCUGACGCCACCGAGGCAGACAUCAUCCAGUUGGGAGUGCCGUUCGGCCGAGUCACAAACAUUCUCCUUCUGAAGGGGAAAAACCAGGCCUUCCUUGAAAUGGCAGAUGAAGACAAGGCUGCUGCCAUGGUGAACUACUUUACCUACACGCCCACCCUGGUGCGCGGUCGGCCCGUCUACAUCCAGUUCUCCAACCACAGGGAACUGAAGACAGAUAACGCACCAGCUCAACAGACGGCAGCUGCCCAGGCCGCUCUCCAGGCUGCCCAGUCCUUCAUCCCCGGCGGUGUGGGGGUGGGGGGCCUGACCGUGGGCGUCGGAGGGAUGGCGGGAAUGGGCGCCACGGCUCUGAUUGGUGCAGCCUCGCCCAAUCCCGUCACUACGCAGGGCCAGCCCAACUCCGUUCUGAGGGUGAUCGUGGAGAACCUGAUCUAUCCCGUCACCUUGGACGUCCUUCACCAGAUUUUCUCCAAGUUUGGUGCCGUGCUGAGGAUUGUUACUUUCACUAAGAGUGGCACAUUCCAAGCUCUCAUCCAGUUUGCAGAUGCAGCGUCCGCAGCACAGGCCAAAACGUCGUUGGAUGGACAGAACAUCUACAAUGCUUGCUGCACACUGAGGAUCGACUACUCCAAGCUGGAGACCCUGAAUGUGAAGUACAACAACGACAAGAGCCGAGACUACACCAGGCCAGAACUGCCUGCAGGUGACGGGCAGCCUUCUCUGGAGCAGGCCAUGGGCCUAGACCGCUGGGGACACAACUUGCACCCAUAUCAAGUUGGCAGCCCGGGCAUCAUGCCUACACCGUUUACACCAUCGUCAAUUUCAUCCUCGGUGGCAGCGGCGGCCGGCGUGGCGGGAUUCGCACCCUCGCAACUUUACGGUAGUGUCCUUACAGUUCCAGGUGGGCUGACCGGCAGCAUUCCUCUGGCGGGAACCAUCCCCAACCUGUCGGCAGCCUCCGCCGCCGCGCGAUUGGCCGGACUCCAGCAGGCGGGGUCGGUCCUGCUCGUCAGCAACCUGAACACAGAGAUGGUUACACCCGACGCUCUCUUUACUCUAUUUGGCGUCUAUGGGGAUGUGCAUCGCGUAAAAAUCUUGUUUGCCAAGAAAGACAAUGCACUGAUACAGAUGGCUGAACCUCACCAAGCCAACACAGCUAUGCAACACCUGAACAACCUGCGAGUGUGGGGCAAGAACAUCCGGGUCACACUGUCCAAACACAACCAGGUGCAGCUGCCCAAGGAGGGACAACCGGAUGCUGGCCUGACAAAAGACUUCACAGCAUCCCCACUGCACCGAUUCAAGAAACCAGGAUCCAAGAACUUCCUGAACAUCUACCCUCCCUCUGACACUCUUCAUCUGUCCAACAUUCCAGCGAGCACCACGGAAGAAGAAUUGAUAGAUCUCUUCACAACCACAGGGGGUGCUGUCCAAGCCUUCAAGUUCUUUGCGAAGGACAGAAAGAUGGCCCUGCUCAAGAUGAGCUCAACGGAGGAGGCAGUGCAUGCUCUGAUCAAAAUGCACAACUACCAGCUGAGUGGCUCCAAUCACUUGAAGGUUUCCUUCUCCAAGGGACAGAUCAGCUAGUUGCCAUGGCAACACACCUGCUCUCCCGACAACCAAAGGACCAAUGCUGCAGUCUUUCAGAGUUGAAUAAUUCCUGUACAAGUAAUGGUAAAUUUUCCAGAGGAUGGCAUUUCUAUUGGUCUUGUUUGGCAUGGAACUACCAUGUUCAAGAAAUAAUUUCAUAGGGCUCAAUACUAUAGAAGAGGGGUGAUAGGAAGAGAAGAUUUGUACUUUUUCGUUGUUUUGGAAGAUUUACUAGUUCUUUGUACAUUGCUCUGGAAGACUUCAUGAUAUUUCUGUGUAUAGAAUGAGGCGGCCAGAGUGCUUGUAGCCGCUUGAAGACUAGAGGACCCACUUAGCAUGUUGAAUCAAUCGUAUACAAUAUAAAACAUGUAUUUUCUUAUACAUGGAUGUAUUAAUUCAUUUUAUGAGCACUUGUAUUGAGGUGUGCCUUUCCAUUAUUAAUCGGACAUGUUUGUUGUGUAUUUCUAUUAAUUACAUGUAAGGUAAUACGUGUCUGUCCCAGAGCCUUGUAAAAUUGGACUUUGUUAACCUGUGAUGUUAUCUUCGGGAAUAGAAAGACAGAUUUUUUGUUAGACUUGGUCGUUUUUGUUGUUGGCAGGAGUGCCUGGGAGAGUUCAGAUUUCUGGUACAAUAAGAAAAUAUACAUCAGAGACAUUUUUAAAUGAUUCCCCCAAUAUGACUUAUUCAAGAGCAAUAGAUACUAUUAUGUUUUAUUGUGAUGUAUGUCUGGCAAAGUGAUGAUUUUGAUAGUUGCACAGGUCUUUGUCCAAUUUCACCAGAGUUCUGGGACAAGCGUAGUGUGUGCUUCUUUAGCUUGUAUAUCCACACAAUCUUUAUACCAUGUGUUCACAUAGCCUUGUGUGUGGAUUGGACCUGAUUGUCUCUUGACAACCUAUGAAACUUGUACCCUUGUAAUGGCCUUGUUAUUCCAACUGUACUGUCCCCAAAAUUGUAUCCACUUUGUUCAUUGGAUUAUAUAUAUGUGUGUGUGUGUGUUUGUGUUUGUGUGUGAGAGACCUAAAUGCUUUAGGUUUUUGAUAAAAAAUACCAAAAUCAGAGCUACUUUUGUAACCGGAUAGUUUGUACAUCUUACAGGGAGGGAGGAAAAAUGUCGCAAAAAUCGCGGCCCUUACGUGAGGUAAUUUGGCAAGAGCGAUGACAUCAAUAUCAAAAUGUGAAAAUCGUAACCUUUAAGUGCCUUAUUUGGUUAAACAAAACAAAUCCAGGGUAUAUCAUACUUAGCGAUGGUGCUCCCCGUAUACUCUACUGUAUUCUUAGUCUCUGGCAUAUUUAUCCUAUAGCAGACUGUCAAACUUUAUACAUACAGGUGUAGUCGGUUCUAUAUGAUAGCCUGGACCUCGGCAAGCUCUAGGAUAUAGUAUGAAGCAUCUUAUGGUUUUCUUUGGCGUUUGUAGUGCUGGUCUUUUAGACAGACAGCAAGAGAAUGCAAGUUAAGGACAGGAGAGUGUGAUACUAUAAAAUACCUUGCCUAUGAGGACACUGUGACUAAACAUUCUCCCUUGUAGUUGAGGUAUAUGUAGGCAUCCUUCAUCAAACCAAAAGGGAAAACAAUUACCCUGAUGUGAUACAAGGGAUGCAGUUGUUUGUCCCUCUUUUGAAAGGCAUUCUGCUGUGCUGUAAAUAUUAGUACAAAGAGGUUGAUUUUUAAAGAAUGGGGAUAGAUACAAGUUUUCAAACCUCACAGGCUACUGGAUGAUACGAAGAAAAAAUGCAGCUUCACAUCUUUAUAAACAGAUGGCAUUUGUAUAUUUAUUUUAUUACCCAUACUAAAACAAAUAUACAGAGGCAGCAUAUACAUGUAUAUGUGUGAAAGCCGGAGACAUACCUACAAACUACAAACGUACAUAUUACUCCAUAUCAUCGUCAUUUAGUUGAUGUAAUACUUGAUUUUUUUUAUCUUUAGGCUGCAAGAUGUACCCAGUAGUAGCAGAGGUGUAAAAGAACAUAUUUGAUGUUGUAAGUGGAUGAAGAUAUGAAAUAAAACAUAUCUUUUUGUAUGAAUCA